AUACAAUUCUGGGAACACUGAAAAGCGAUUUGACGCGAAAAUGACUGCAUCGCUCAAAAAACAACAAAAAUUUAUCUCUGGUUUAUCUGAAACCGUAAAACAUUUUGGUUAUGCCAUUCGCGAAGUUCGAGAUGGGUCGCAAGAAGUAAAUGGAGUAAUAGAUACUGAACCGGAAAGGAGGAGGAAGAAGAAAUAA